AUGCGCGUCAUACCUUCACAAGUAUCAUCAAGCCUUACUGCCCAAAUAGGGCCCCUGGACGGGCCCACGCUACCGAAGCCAAUUUAUGCGUCCGGAGGCGGCGGUGGUACCUCAUUGCCAAUGCCCUACUCUGUUUGGUGGGAAGAAUCCAUGACCCCACCUCAGCCUCAUCCUCAACAUACAAGACCUGAAAUCACUGAAACAACGGUGCCUAGGGGAGGCCACACAUACUCAAGCCACCGCCACUACAGCAGUUAUGAUCGGCGCGCUCUACGUCCCGUUGGCGGUUUGCCAACCGUUGAGCAGGGUGCUUGGCAGGCCUCAGGCGGAGCUUCUGGCGGGAAUUAUGAAGCAGUUCGAGCAGAUACUCAACAGCAACAACUAGAGGCUGAGGAGCUGGAAGAAGAAGGAGGUCUAUUUGCAGACAUGGGUGGUUUUCCAACCGUUGAGGAGAGUACUUGGCAGGCCUCAGGUGGAGCGUAUGGCAGAAAUUGUGAAUCAGUACAAGCAGACGCUCAACAGCAGCAACUAGAGGCUGAGGAGCUGGAAGAAGAAGAAGGUAUGUUAGCAGACCUUCUCAAAGGAGGGCUCAAGAUCAAGGAUAUCUUCCCCAAUGGAAAGCCUCCAUAUAAGUAA